GAGUGUCGAAGGGUAUCGUGAUGCGCGAUAUUGAAAGAUAGAUGUAGUCAGACCCGGGUAGCGAGUCAGUAAACACCAAUUUUGUAAUUUUAACUCUCUUUUAAACAACGCCGCUCUUUUCUUCUUUCCUCGUUGACUUUUUAUUUUUUUUUAUUAUUCAAAAAUUGCUAUUUUAUUAUUAUAUUAUUGAUGGUCCAGAUCACUAAACUUUUGACGUUUUUCCAAGUGAAAGUAAUUUUUUUUAAGAAGAAAUAAAUAUUUAAGUGAAUUUUUUAAAGUUUCAUUUUUUUUAAAGAAGAAAUAGAUUUUUAUUAUUUAAAAUGGAAUCACUUUGGCGGAAAAUUUGGGGACAUUCCAACGAGGAUGUGGUUGAUCCUGUAACUGGAUUGUCCGGACGAGAUGUAAGGCUUGUUCAGAGUACAUGGGCUAAAGUCAACGAGGAUCCACUGGCUUCUGGUACCACAGUAAUGUUAGGACUUUUUGAACGCCACCCGGAGUACCAGUCGCACUUUGACAAGUUCAAAGAUGUGCCUCACCAAGAUUUACCGGGAAACAAAAAAUUUCAAGCACACGCUUUGAGUGUUAUGGGUGCAUUGAACAACACCGUUGAUGCAUUAAAUGAUGUUGGAGUGCUUGAAGCUAGUCUUACCGCUCUCGGUAAACGUCAUGCAACUCGUGAACUUACGGAACAACAAUUUCAACACCUAAAAACAGUGAUUGUGGAUGUGUUCCGUCAGACGCUAGGUGACCAAUUUACAAAAGAAACCGAAGAAGCAUGGACGAAAACAUUGCAAGUUAUAUAUUCAUAUAUUUUUAAAGGUCUAUCUUCCUAACAUAUUUGUAAAUAAGACAAUAAUUAUAAUUAUUAUAAUAAUGACUACAAUACGUUAAAUUACCACGACGAUGAUCUGAUGAAUAUCAAGAUUGAUUUUAUAAUAUCCGACAAAUUGUGACAUUAUCAGGAAAUUGUAUGAUCGUCGUCACGUGCCAACUUCCACCCGUCGCCGCAAUUUCACUAAUUUUUUUAUUAUAAAUUAUUUACCGUUCUUUAAAAAGCUUGUAAUGAGAUAAGUAAUUUGAAACAGUUACAAACUAUUAAUUUAAGUAGACGAGAGUAAUCUUUGCUCCCUUUGCAUACAAUCCGCCAAUACAUUAAUAAAUAAUAAUGUCCGACGUGUGAAAUGAUGUAGAUGAUGACGAUACGCAACAAUGAGGCUUAACAAGAUUGCCCAAUUAAUUUUAUAUACAUACAUUUAUUCCUUGGUCUAUUUAUUUAUUAUUAUUUUAUUAUUGAAUGUACAUCGGACAAAUAACUUAACUUUAUGCGCAUAAAUAUUUAAUAAAAUAGAAGAAUGCGCGUGAUAUAAUUUUAAUAUUAAAACUUGUUUGAAUUACAAUAAGAGUUAUGAAUAGAGAGUACGAAUAUGACCGAUAUAAUGUAUAUUUAUAUCUAUAUAUAAAUUAAACUCGACGACAAGUCAUAUCACGUCCUCUUAAAGUGGUGGUGUACUUUGACUAGAAAACGACAACGACUAUGACGACGAUUUACGCUCAAUAAUUCUCUCUAGUGAAUUU